AUGCAUAGGACACCUCCCAAAACCUCCAAACCGCCAGCGGUCAAGGCGAAAACCGCCAAACCACAAGCCACGUCAAGUAAGACUGUCAAAACAACAGCAACGACAUCACCGUCGCCAUCAAAAAUAUCAAUGCCAUCACCUCUAGCCCUACCCCUACCCCCUAAUAUAACAAAAUUAAUUAGAGAAAAAUCAGAAAUCUUACCUCCCAAAGAAGUACUAGAUGACAGAGCAGAAGAACAUUAUAGAAUAAUAUUAGAAAACAUAAACGACUCAAAAAAUAUAAAAACGACCAUCAGAGAAAAUAUAGCACUUCAUGCGAAAAAAUUAUACUACAUGGUGAAUUCAAUAAACUGUGAAAUGACAGAACUAGCUAGAGAGAUACUAGCGGCGGUGAUGGAACGACUUGACCAGGCACCCAAACAACAGACACAAGAAAUGACGGAAUUUAACAAAAAGAUAGAAAAACAAAUGGAACAAGUGAUAAUACAAAAUUUAGACUUAAAGAACGAAAUCAUGGAUUUAAAAGCAGAAAUAAAAGAAAUUAAGGAGGAAAAAAGCAAAACCGAACUGAUGGAGGAACUACAGAAACAGAACAUAGCAACCGAAAAAACCCAAAAAGACAUACAAGAAAUGAAAGAAGAUAUCAAGGCAAUACCAAUCUCACAACCAACACCAACAGAGAAGCCAAAUACGACACCACAAUCCUACUCUCAGGCACUUCAACAACCUUCGCUACCAAAACCGACCCUCUGCCUACUCGUAGACCUAAUAAGCAGGUAUAAUGAGAAUACCACGGAGCAAGAUUAUCUUACCCCGCAGCAAGAGUCGGAAAAGCAAAUAGUUACCCACCAC